AUGCCCAAGGAGGACCCAGUUCCCAGAAGGUUUACAACUGCCUCGGAUCAGAUCAAAUGUGACCGCGUUGGUCCCCAAUGUAACUGGUGCAUUCACCAUGAUAUGGUCUGCACAUUUUCGUCAGACUGGCGUUCGAAGAGACGACGUCAGGAUGGCAGUAGCCAAAGAAUUAGCUUGAUCGACCGUAUUCGGCGCAUCGAUGAACGCAGAGCAGAAGCUGCAGCCAUAGAAAGACCACCCGAAAAACAGCCUGUCCAACUAGAGCAAGCAUAUCCGCUACUGCCGUCCCCCAGGAUCAUUCACUUUGCAGGUUGGAAGAUUGGAAAUAUUGCUCCGCAGAUAGGAAUACCGAGUCUUCUCCCAGAGGGUCUCCGCUGGAUUGAGUCAAGAACCGGGACUGUUAUUCCUCUUCCAAACCUUUGCCAUGCUCCAUGGGAGAAACCACCCCUAUCUUCUACGUCCCCCAACCUAGAUGGUGUCCAUGAGGCCGUGUCAACACCUUCUGGGCUUCCCGCGCGGACGGUACUGAAGCAGUAUCUGGACAUGUAUACUUCAUCGGCCAUCCGCGCAAUCUUUCCUGUCAUCAACUCGUCACUCUUCUCCCAGACGAUACGUGCAGCCUAUUCGCUGCCUGGCCACGAUACAAGAGCCCAUUCUCCUAGUUCAAGAGCAUGCAUCUUCGCUUUUCUCGCGUUGGUUUCUAGCUUAGAUCAUCCUGCCACUCGCUGUACAGCCCCUAAGCCGCCUCCUAUCCCUCGAGACGAGUAUGCCAUGAAAGCCCAUGCUCUUUUGCCAUCCUUGCUUCAAGAACCGCUCAACUUGGAUGCAUUGCAGACAACUCUUCUACUGUCAAUACUAGGGAUACUCACCGGCGAACUGCAAACAGCAACAAACUAUAAUUCGAUCUCAUCACGUUUCAUCAUCGCUCUGGGAGCUCACACAAUGGGAGAUCCAUGCGCGAUGCCGGAAUCUACCGUCAGUGGUUCCAGAGACAAAGCGACUAGGAAACACCUUCGCGACCUUUUUUGGCUCUGUUAUGCCCUUGACAAGGAUCUUUCGUUGCGUACUGGGCAGAGCCACUGUCUCAGGGAUGAAGAUUGCGAUCUUCAACUACCACCCGGUUACACCGAGAAAUUGCAGUCUGGGAUGACAUAUUCUGCGAUCGAAAAUGCACACAGCCUUCUGUUUCCAAUCGAUCUACGGCUUAGCAUGGUCAAAUCUCGAAUUUUCACCACUCUCUACUCACACCGUGGACUACAGAAAAACGACGCUGAAGUCAUUCGAUCAAUCCGGGAACUAGACGAAGAGUUAGAACUCUGGAGAAUAUCUAUGCCCUCAAAUCUGAGACCUAAACUAUCAUUCGCAAAAGAAACCUCCGAAGACCAGCGAGUCGACACGAUCUGGAAGUCGAUGCGAAGCGUGGCGUUCGACUUCCACACCGGCAGGGAUGAUGGACGGACUACGCUUAAGCCUAACUUUAUCCGUGGAAGCUAG